AUAAAAUCUGUUGAGAGAUUAGAAGUAAUAAAAUGCUUGAGGAGAAAACUGAUCGAGAAAGCAUUCAAAGUCAUAGAGAUAACUUGGGCUGAGGCAGUUUCCUCAUCAAAGAAAUGUGAUACAAACAAGACACAACAAAGGAAAGUCUAGUCUUACCUGAAAGCUAACUGUUUCACGUGAAAGUCUUUUUUUCUGCCCUCGCACAGAAACGAAAGUGAUCAACUACGAGCUGAGGACAAACGCGCGGCGUGCUUCACGUCGUUGCGUGGAAGAAGCGGAAGUCGUCAAUUUGUGACGGAAGUUGUGAGGAGAAUACCUCGUCAGAUAAACUUGGAUGUUUUGGCCGUUUAAUACAAAGAUUCUCAGCAAUGGUGAAGAUUUUUGUGGGGAACCUUCCUCAAGAAGCUACCGAGGAUGAGAUCAAGGAGCUCUUUGAGGAGCAUGGCACAGUCACUGAGUGUGCCAUCAUCAAGAACUUCGCCUUCGUCCAUAUGGAUGACCGUAAGGCUGCCACCAAAGCCAUCAAGGCCAUUCAUCAGCACAAGCUCCACGGCACAGCAAUCAAUGUUGAGGCCAGCCACGGGAAGAACCAGGGCCCCGUGAAACUGCAUGUAGCCAAUGUAGAAAAAGGAGCUGAUGACGAACUCCGUGCUCUGUUUGAAGAGUACGGUACGGUCACAGAGUGUGCUGUUGUCAAGAAUUUUGCUUUUGUGCACAUGCCCAACUAUGAUGAGGCCAUGGAUGCUAUCAAAGGGCUUGAUAACUCUGAGUUUCAAGACAAACGCAUCCAUGUUCAGGUUUCUAAGAGUCGACCAAGGUAUGAAGAAUGUGAAGAGUACCCACCUCCUCCCCCAGACAGGGGAGGUUACUGGCCUCCACACUAUCCAGGAGAGCGGCCUGAGCCUCCCCCACCCGGUUACCUGAGGGGUCGCCCCAUGCCCCCUGGUUACCCAGGUCCUCCUCUGCCACCCCCUCCUCCCAGGCGGUCAGUUUAUCUAGAGCGGCCCUAUGACAGUGAAAGGGAGCGAUACAGUGUAGUAGAUUACUACGAGAAGUUCCGAGCUCGUCAGUAUGCCAGAUCUCCCUAUGAAGAGCAUCGUGCUAUACCCCCACCUCCUCCGCCGCUACCCUCAUCUGUCGUUCGAGACCGCCCUCUGACCUCACCGCUUAAUCCAUAUGAGCGUCGGCCUCUCCCUCCUCCCCCUCCGCCUCCGCCCUCAUCGUACUACGCCCGAGAUCGCAGCCCAAUCCGGAGGGCUCCUAACGCACCGUUACCCCCUCCGCCCAGUAAUGGCUAUGCGUAUGAGCGCUCUCGACUAUCUCCUGUUUCCCGGGUCUCUGCAUAUGGCGUUCCACGCGCAAUGGACCCCUAUGCAGGCAGGCUGCCUCCACCACCUGCUCGUUAUGCAUAUUGACAAUUGAAGGAAUUUUGUCCGACUGCGUUGAGGCACGGCGCCUCCUGAUGCGCUCUUCAUCCUAGCUCUUCAUCGCUGCGGCUUGGCGCGUCGUGUAGGCCUUUGAUGAUUACGAGAAGAGCCAGACCGGUGGCGUUGACGUCUCUUUUUGUUUUAACUUGGGAGGAUUCUUUCUUUUUUUUUUUUACAUUUUUUGGGAAUAAUUCUACUAGUAGUAUUUUAAUUGUUUUAACGUCUGAGUAAUCGCAUCGCAUGUUUCAGUUUCUUUAUUUUUUUGCAUCGUUUAAGUAAUUUUGAUUUAUGCGAGUCUGACAAACCUAAAUUAUGCCUGCAAUAUAAUAACGACAAAACUUUGGCCCUCGAACAGAAAUGUAGUCUGUACGUUUGUUCCGUCAUGUCAGUGAAACGCUAAAUUCUCCAACAAUAAUAUUGUAAACCUUUUGUUUAUGUCGUCAAUUUUUAAUGGAUGAAUUGGAUGGGGGGAGGUUAUUUGCUCAGUUUUUGUCUAAAAGAAAAACAACUACUUUGAUCACUUUGAUCAGGUGUUGGUAUCACAACCAAAAUGUGAUGCACCAGCAAUCUGACCAUGUGACGGUCAAAACGGUGAGUAAAGGUAGAUGGAUCGUUUGACAGGAGUUUGAUUGGGUUGCAUUUGGUUUCUCAUAAGACUGGCUGCCAAUAUUCUGCAGCAUGUACUCCUUACGAUACGGUAUGAGGAGAUCUCGGUGCACCCUAGUUUUCCCAGCAUUUAAUACCUGACACUUGUAAGGUUCUCCUGCUGUACAAUAGCAUAACUUUUGGCACCUGGCUUUAUGUAAUCCCACAAUGUCAUCCACUAUCAAACAACCAAAAGGGUAAAACAUCCUAGAGGUGAAUACGUUCUGUAGGCACUAUCUUACUUGUCGUAAUAAAUAACCUUGUCAAAGUCGGUGUGUUAGAUAAAGAAUGUGCCGUCUUUCUUGUGAGCUCCCAAAGUUUACUCUUUCCAUCUACCCCUUCUGUCUAUGCCAAAAUGUUGCUAUUUUCCCCAUUUGAACCUCCCCCACAAAAACAACAAAAGAACGAAGAGGCAGGGAACAUUUAAUAGCAGAGGCUAAUUUAUUUGCAUGCGGGGUCAGGAUUACAUCAAAGACAUCUGAGCACCCUCAUGAUGAACAGGUAAGACAACUUACCAAUACAGUCUUUUGUUUAGGUUAUGUCAGUUUUGCUAGGUAUAAUCAGUCAUACGGAUCGAUAUCAGUCCAUGAUAUCAACCUGUAUCAACCUGGUAAUUUGAUAUAACACAUUACUUCUUUAUAUUUACUCACUGGCAAAACUAGUUGAGCACAAUUUAAGGAUGAAGGACAUCUUCUAUCGGAUCUUGAGAAUACUUGUGUAUACUCAUGUAUAAAUGAGUUUGUAAGGCCAUAGCACUUGAGUACAGGUGUUGGUAUCACAACCAAAAUGUGAUGCACCAGCAAUCUGACCAUGUGACGGUCAAAACGGUGAGUAAAGGUAGAUGGAUCGUUUGACAGGAGUUUGAUUGGGUUGCAUUUGGUUUCUCAUAAGACUGGCUGCCAAUAUUCUGCAGCAUGUACUCCUUACGAUACGGUAUGAGGAGAUCUCGGUGCACCCUAGUUUUCCCAGCAUUUAAUACCUGACACUUGUAAGGUUCUCCUGCUGUACAAUAGCAUAACUUUUGGCACCUGGCUUUAUGUAAUCCCACAAUGUCAUCCACCAUCAAACUUGCAACUUAAAGUCAAAUGGAGUCAUUUGACUGUCAUGAUUGUAACUUCCUGUAUCAUCUCCCUUGACCCAUGACACCCUUGUUUAAGCUAUUGUAAAAGAAUGCAGCUUUGUUUGGAAUUUGAUUGUAUGAAAUCAGUUUUUAUUUAUAAAAGCAUUCUUUCUAAAUCCUUCACUUGGUGCUUUACUGGUUUUGUCAGUCAGUGUUAACAGUCUUGUAAGGGAGUACUGCAUUUUUAAGACAUAGGCAGUAAAAUUUAUACUUUCUGCAAUCUUUAAAUGUGGAAGAUCCAAAGAUGAGUUGCAGUGAUUAGAAAAUGAGUGUUAAAAAUAUAAAUGAAUUAGUCCAAAAUGUAGAUUUGUUAGGUUAAGCUGUAUACUUUUUAGAUAUUAGAAAUUUGCAUUGUAGUGUUGACUUUUUAUGUUUUAGUUUUUACAUACGUUAAUAAAACUUUCUAAAAAAAUGA